UGCGUACGCAGGGUUUAGCAACACUCCUCGGUUCCUUGCUUCGAAUCGGCAUUGAAAUCAGAAAAAUUUCCCACCGUACUCAGAUCAGUAGUCUGCCGGGUUAUGCUUUAGAGAAAUGGGUUUCGGUGCCAUCAGAGCGAUUGUCCGUCCUCUUUCGAGAUCCCUGGUUUCGCGCGCCGUCUCUAGCUGCUCGACGACGCCGUUUCGUGCGGCGUCUCCGGCCGUGAAGCCCGAGUUUUCCUGCGUUUUCGGUGGAUCAACUCUACCGAAUUCGCUAUGGAUUCCGGUGGUUAACCAUCUCCAUAGCUUGACUGAUACCCGGCACCCGAAGAGGCGACCCAUGUUUAAUCCCAAGAGAAAAAGAGCCAGCUUGAAACCUCCAGGGCCAUAUGCAUGGGUCCAAUAUGUGCCGGGCCAACCAAUCUCUCCUAACAAUCCCAACGAAGGAAGUACCAAAAGGAGGAACGAAAAGAAGCGCAUGAGGCUGCGUCGCGCCUUUAUACUGGCGGAGAAAAAGAAGAGGAAAGCGCAGAUGCAGGAGGCGAACAGGAAGAAGAAGAUAAAGCAGGUGGAGCGGAAGAUGGCAGCGGUGGCGAGGGAACGGGCGUGGUCUGAGAGACUUGCUGAGCUUCAGCGGCUCGAGGAAGAGAAGAAGAAAUCCAUGGCUUCAUGAAACGUUUCAGUGAAAACCCACUUAUAAAUUGCAUUAAAGGAUUUGUCCCUCUCGUCUUUUUUGCUUGUGGUAGUGGAAGAUCGAGAAAGACUCAGACGUUUGGUUCAGGUUUUUCUGUUUGUACUGUGAGAUUGCUCGCAAGGUUAUGUCCGCGAGUGCCUCGACCUUCUCUUUCUUCUUGAAAAAGAAUCUGCUUAAAACUGUUAAAAUUCAAA